AUGAAACCUGAGAGUGAUGGUGGAAGUGAGAUCAAGAAUUACCUGGUGGACAAACGUGAAAAGAGCAGCUCCAGAUGGACCAGGGUCAAUAAGACCUUUACCAUCUACGACAUCCGCCUGAAGAUCUCUGGUCUGCUGGAAGGCAGUGAUUACCAGUUCCGUGUUACAGCCGUGAACACAGCUGGAAACAGCCAGCCCAGUGAAGCCUCUCAGUAUGCCUACUGUAGAGAGCCAACAUACACUCCAGCCCCUCCUUCAAUUCCACGUGUGAUAGAUUCCACCAAGCAUAGCAUUAGCUUGCAAUGGACCAGACCAAUGUAUGAUGGUGGUGCUGAUGUUGUUGGCUACGUGGUGGAGGUGCUUGAGGAAGGAACCGAGCAGUGGUACAGGGCCACUCAGAAGACUCUGAAGACCAAUUUGUUUGUUGCCGCUGGACUUCAAAGCAACAAGAAGUACAGCUUCCAGGCCGCAGGAGUCAAUAGUAAUGGCACUGGGGAAUUCAGCGAACCAAGUGUGGAAAUUGAGCCGGUUGAGAAACUUUCAAUCCCUGAUCUUGAUCUUCCUGAUGAUCUGAAGAAGACUGUGUGUCUGAGAGCUGGUAACACUCUGAGGCUGUUUGUCAAUGUGACUGGAAGACCUGCACCAGUAUUGACCUGGAGGAAACCUGGCAUUGACCUGCAGAGCCGUGGGUUCAUUGAUACAACUGACAGUUACACUCAACUGAUUGUUGAGAAGGUCCAUCGUUACGAUUCUGGCAAAUACACCAUUGAGGCUGAAAAUCCAUCUGACACUCCUGGACCACCCGGUUCAGUUAGAGUCAAAGACUACACAAAGGAGUCUGUUGUCAUCACAUGGGAUGUACCAAGUAUUGAUGGUGGAGCCCCUGUGAACAACUACAUCAUUGAGAAACGUGAAGCUUCAAUGAAAUCCUACAAGACCGUUACAACAGAAUGCAGGAAGACCUUGUUCAGAAUCUCUGGCCUGGAGGAAUCAGUACACUACUUCUUCAGAGUGUUACCAGAGAACAUAUAUGGUAUUGGAGAACCAUGUGAAAUCCCUGAAUCAGUGUUGAUCUGUGAAGUUCCCAGCCUUCCUCAGGAUCUGCACAUUGUGGAUAUCGGCAAGACCUCAGCAAUCCUGAACUGGGAAAGACCUCUUCACGAUGGUGGAAGCAGACUGACGGGCUACGCUCAUUGA